UUUGAAACUGGCGGGGAUCGGCCAGAUCCAAGGCCGACGAGAAAGCUCGGACCCAGUCAGUCAUGGACAACAGGACGGGAAUGUUGUGCGUCGCUCUUAGCAGCCUAGUUACAUUGCUUGUAUCCUGUACAAAUGCUGCACAAUUAAAAGAAUCUCUUGACAGUGAAGCUCCAACGUAUGCUGAUAAGUUCAAUGAAUUUGACUGGCAUAUCUCCAAGGCUAUUGGCGGAUCAAUAAAAAACAAUGUGAUCCUCUCCCCAAUCAGUGUUAAGCUUGUCCUGGCAAUGCUCUACGAAGGAGCAAGUGGAACAACAGCUAAAGAAUUGGAAGAUGUUCUUAAGAUCGAGAAAGGACCUGCUCCUGCCCAGAGAUUUUCUAACGUUUUGCAGUCAUUGCAGGGUUCGGAUUCAGGUUAUGAAUUGCAUGUUGGUAUGAAAUUGUUCAUAGAUAAAGAAGCAAAACCUAAAAAAAGUUAUGCUGCUAAAAUUGCCAAUUUAUACAAUGCAACAAUUGAUCCAAUAAAUUUUAAAAAUACAGCAGAAGCAGUGGCUCAAGUUAAUAGCUGGGCACAUUCUGUAACCAGAGGUCAUAUACAGCAUCUUUUAACAGAAGCUGAUGCACAUCACAGCACAUUGAUGUUGCUGCUUAAUGCUGUGUACUUUAAAGGGUUAUGGAAGUAUCCAUUUUUAUCGAACAACACUAAAGAAGGAGCAUUUAUAACAGAAGAAAAUGUUCCAGUAAAGGUUGAAUACAUGAAUGGAGUCCAAACACUUUCGUACUAUGAUUCUCUUGAACUCAAGUCAACUUUUGUUCGUCUUCCAUAUGUAGGAGACAAAUUUGCAAUGUAUAUAAUUUUACCUGACAAAGGAAUAACUUUAAAUGAGGUAAUAGGAAACUUAACACCCACGAAAGUAAGGUCAUGCCUGGAUGAGAUGAUGCAGGUCCCUGUUAAUAUUUCUCUUCCUAAAUUCAACUUUGAAUUUGCUAGUUCUUUAGCACCUGCAUUAAAGCAGGUAGGCAUAAAUGAAAUAUUUUCAAACAAAGCAGAUCUGCGAAAUAUCGCAGAGGGCCCAAGGGAUCCAGUGGUUUCCAAUGUAAUUCAGAAAGCUGCAAUUGAAGUCAAUGAAUUAGGAACCGUUGCUGCUGUUGUCUCAGCUAUUGAAUUGGUGAACAAAUUUGGAAUGCAUACACUUACAUUCAAUGUAUCUCGCCCUUUCAUAUUUUUUAUUGAAGAUGAGACGACUAACACUGUGAUAUUUAUUGGUAAAGUGGUGAAUCCAGUAGCUCCUGGUAAGCCCAUUGUAAGUGCUUCUGUACCUGUAACGACAACUGCUAGUCCACCAACAACUGAAACAACGCAGUACAGUUCAUCAUUGAAACCAGAAACUACAACUACGUCAGCUACUCCAAACAUUGAGCCUGUACUCCUUUCUGGAUCUUUGGGUCAAAGAGGAGGUGGAAAUGUGGUACAUUCUCCCCCAUUUUACAACUUUGACUUCCAACUACUUCAAGAACUAAGCCAUACAGAAAGAAAUAACUGGGUUAUUUCCCCAGCUAGUAUAAAAACUACAUUGGGGUUGAUUCUCGAGGGAACAUCAAGUUCAACUGCAAUCGAAAUUGCUCGAGUUCUCCGACUAUGUUGCAACGUAACAGUUGCCAGAGCAGAGUUGCGAAAAGUGCAGAAACGUAUGCAGAAUACUCCUGAUGUGAUCACUGUUAAAUCUGGAAGUGUUAUGCUGGCCAAGCAAGGCCUUGCAAUUAACAACAAGUUCAGAGAAAAUGCAAGGUUUUACUACUCUGCCAACAUUACAUCAUCUGAUUUCACAAAUAAUGCAUUGGUUUCAAAGGAGAUUAACAAGUGGAUAAAUGGCCUAACCAAUGGAAAUAUACCAGAAAUUAUAACACCAGAUUCGAUUAAUCCUGGAACAAUUUUGAUGCUUGCAAAUGCCAUGUAUUUUAAAGGAGAUUGGAAGGUUAAGUUGAAACUUAACCCAGGAAAACAAUGUUUUUACAACCCUGACUGUACGGUGGUGAAAAUGAUGACGACAACUGCUUCAUUCAAGUAUGGCGAAAUAGCAAGUCUAAAAGCUAGGAUUCUUGAAAUGCCUUAUGAGGACCCGCGCUACUCUAUGAUAAUUCUUCUACCAAAAGAAGAGCAGAGCCUUCAAGAUUUAACUCAAUUUAACUCAAUCAUUAGCUUCUUAGAAAGUUUAGUUCCUAUUGAAGUUAAAGUUGUAAUGCCGAAAUUCAACAUUGAAUACUCUCUUGAAAUGAAGCCUCUAUUGGAAAAGUAUUCUCUGGAAAAAAUUUUUAGUGAUUCUGCAGACUUCUCAGAACUUUUUGGAUCUGGGACCAGAGCUAAAAUAUCAUCAUUCCUUCAUAAAGCCAAAAUUGAAGUAACCGAAAAAGGAACAGUAGCAUCUGCAGCAACAGUUGCUCAGUUCCAAUUGCUAAGCACAGGCAGUGUUCCCCACUUUGUCGCUAACCAUCCAUUCUUCUUUUUUAUAAGGGAUAGUCAAGCUGGAUUCCUCUUUCAAGGGCAAGUUACCAAUCCAGUGGGUUCUCUAUCUCAGGAGGCAGCACUGAAAAAAAAAGAUGUAUCAAAUAAUAAUCUUAGAGAAACCAUUACAGUACCUUCUUUAAACAAAAUUAAAACUGAGAGGAGUGGUGUUCACAGUCAUACAAACCCAUUAUUUGAAAGGAACAAUUUUGGUUACAGUAGGAGAGUUGAUUAGUAAUUGUUAACUGAUAUUUGAAAUGAAAAACAACUCGAAGUGGUGUGGUUUGCUUGUUGUUAAAUUGUAUUCCUAUUUUAUUUUAUUGUUGUGAUAAUUUAAAAGAUUUUGAUAUUAAUAAAUUGUUUUUUAUAAACAAAUUAAGAAAUAUUUAUAUUAUAACUAGAAUUGUACCUAUCAAUAGCAAAAUUAUUUUGAUGUUUGUUCAUAGCUAAGAAAUCCUAGUCUUGUUGAAAAAAAAUUGAACUUAUGACUUUU